UGUCUAGAUAGAUAGAUAGAUAGAUAGAUAGAUAGAUAGAUAGAUAGAUAGAUAGAUAGGAAACAAAAAAAUCCACUUGUUUCCUGUGUCUGGUUUCCAAAUGGAUAAUGAAAAAAAUGAAAUUGACAAAAACAAAAAACUAACUAACAUAAUAAAAGAAAAACCAACAAGCAUUAAUUAAAAAUAUAAUUAAAAAGAGCCAUAGAUAAUAAGGGGAGUAAUCAUCUGGCUGUGGGAGACUAGUCUCUAAAUAAAUAAAUGAAUGAAUAAAUAAAUUGUCAUAUAUAUUGUCCUCAUAUAGAUUUUUUUAAGUUUUAUGUAUUUUUUCUCGUUUUCAUUAUGAUAAAUAUAUAACCUAACUUUCUAUACAUUAUUAUAUAUUGACACCCAGACCCACUUGCGUUUUUGCAGUUUAAAGUGUUUGUAAUUAUUGAUAAUUAAAUGACUUUCCUUCACCCCCCCACCCCCCAUGAAAAUUUAUCUCAAAGUGACGUCUUGUUGUUUCAGACUUUGCGCUUUUAAAUUACAUUAACAUGUAAUUAUUAUAAUGGAAAAAAAUCGAUCUGAGCGAGUCGGAGCCCUGAUAACACAUUACAUCCACACGGUGAUAAAUGUUUGGAAUCAUGUGCAGCUUGUUGUGUUCGUGGUGUUUUUUUCUCGCGGUGUUACAGAGACACCUGCUGGACGAGAUUUCCAUUUCCGGUGUAAACAAACCAGCCUAUAUGGCGGCGCCUACGAUCGAAAGAAGACAUGACAAAGUUCUGCUAGCUGUAAUGAUACUUUGUAGUCGUUAAACACAUUUUUAUAACAUAAUGGCUGAACCGAGAAGUGAGGAAGACUUAAUUCGUUACUUCUGCACCGCCGGUAACGGAAUGGAGCCGUUUUUAAUGGAGGAGGUGAAGAAGAAGUUAGCAGCUGAAGAUGUGUGUCAGCUGCCUGGUAAAGUGUUAUUCAGCUCCUCUGCAGGGAUCGACAAAAUCAGUGACCUGAAGGCUGCGGAGAGACUCUUCCUUCUGUUAAAACAAGACUCACCUUUACGGAUAUCUGCACACACCAGCUCAGCAAAGGCAGCCUCAGUGCUGCAGUACAGACUGCUGGGAGACAAGAAUCAGUGGACCGGUGCUGUAAUGACAUGGAGCCGCCUGCAGGGGGAGCUGGCAGGCAGCAGAACUACUGCUAGAACACCAAGCUCUGCACUGGGACUGAUGAUAAAAAUAGAGGAGGGGAGAGGGAGUAGGGGGAAGGAGGAAGAAGAGGGGAGCUGUCUGGUAGAGUCUAGAAAAAGUCCAGAAGAGCAGAGAGAGGAAGAGAAUGGGAACGAGAGGCUGAAAAGUGGUGAACAAAAUGGAACACGGACACUGGAAAAGAAGAGAAAAAGGAAUCAUGAGGAAGAAGAAGAGGAGGCAGAGAGGAAGAAUGUGGAGAAAGGGAAGUCAGCUGAGAGAGGGAGGAGGAGAGAGGAAGAAGCAGAAACAGGGAUGGAUGUGGAGUUUAACAGUUACCAUGGAACAGACGUCAACCAGAGCACAACAGACCUGGAGAACAACGUGGAAAGUAGCAGCAGGACGAUGGAUUUUACAGAAAGGCUGCAAAAUGUGAAUACCUGUGGAGAUAAAGAUCAGACACCGCUGAUAGUCGGCAAGAGCAAACCAGAGCUGUCCUCUAGCAUCCCGGUUUCUUUCAGGAUCAGCUGCAAAUGUACCGGAUCUCUGUCCCGGUGCUUCAGUGCACAGGAGGUGAGCUCUGUGAUGGGAGCAGGUCUGAGCAGGCUGCUGGGCUGGAAGGUCGACCUGAAGAAUCCGCAGCUGGAGAUAAACGUCUACUUGGGUGACGACCUCUGCCUGCUGGGGAUUCCAUUGACCAGGUCACCUCUGGCUAAGAGGAGCUACAUUAAAACCACAGGACUGAGGUCUACAGUAGCCUGGGCCAUGACCUGUCUGGCUCACAUACAGCCAGGCUCCCGUGUGAUCGACCCCAUGUGUGGAGCAGGAACCAUUUUAAUAGAAGCAGCACAAGAACACGAGGCUGCCUGUUUCCUGGGUUUGGACAUCGAUGACGGACAGCUGCAGAAAGCCAGUGAGAACACGGCGUUUGCAGAGCUGGGACACAGGAUACACCUGCUGAAAGCUUCAUCUCUGGCGCUGCCUCUGACCAGCUCCAGUGUCGACGCUGUGAUCUGCGACCUGCCGUUUGGCAGGAAGUUUGGCACCAAAACAGACAUGGCUGCCAACCUGCCACUCAUCCUGGCUGAGAUGGAGAGGUCUGUUCUGUUAAUAAAAAUAGUCCUCUGUGUCGGUGGAACCCUGGUUCUCCUCCUGAGUCCUCAGUUGUCUUUUCUACUGAAAAAAGUUCUAACCGGACCAUCGUCUCAUCAGGAAGCAAAACCUCCACCUGGGACAGAAAACAGCCCGUCUCCUUCUGUUUGUGCCACGAAGCAGCAGGCCAAAGCUUCACCUCAGCUCAGUCUGCUGCCUCGUUUGUCCUCACUGAGGCAUGAAGCAACUUUCAGAGUCAGUUUAGGAGCGAUAGAUGGACUCAUCCAUAAAUACGUCAAAACAGAGUGUUAAUCAGUGAUUGUAGAAGCUGCAUUUCACAGUCAUUUCUGUUUGUUAUUAUGGAAAAUGACUGGUUAUGUUGAAAAGACGCUUUUUUCUAUGACUGCUCUGUAACAUGUUUAGGUUUUCUGCAGAUUAUCUAAAUAAAAGUAUAUUUUCAAUGAA